CCGCCCAGCAGAUGAUGUUAUAUAAGCCCGCCGAGAAGGCUUGUGUUUUAUUGUCUACCUUGUGUCCUCGUCCUUCUUUCUCUGUUUUUCUUUAUUUAUCUUUCUCUCUUGACGGACAGCCUUGUUACGAGAGAUUUUGAAGACGAGUCGGGGCAUCGUUGAGAUAGCUUGACGUCUCUUCCCCCCUCUGUCUGUACCCAGUUACACGAGCACCAAGGCGCAGUCAUGCUCGGGGUUUUCUCGCCACAGGCGACCAUGCUAGUCCACGGUGUCGAGGACAGGCACGGUGGCGGGCCAGCAGCAGCAGCAGCAGCAGCAGCAGCAGCAGCAGCAUACAGUCUGGUUCUCGCGCCAGACACGUCGACCAGAAUGCCUAUACCAAGACCAACAGCAACAGCAGCAACACUAGCGGCGACCGGAGAGAAACGUACUGCUCCCGGGUUCCUCGAGCUGCCACUCGAAAUCCGCCUGCAGAUCUACGGCUGGGUGCACCUGCAGCACCCCCUGCGUCCGGCCGAGCUCAUGGGCUACCCGUCGCCCAACUACAGCGCAUACUUCGUCGAGACCAUCGUGCCGGGCGUGCUAGCGACGCGCGUCGAAGACGAGCCGACCAAGAUGCACCACUUCGAGCCCAGCGAAGAAGGCAGCCCCAUCCGCUCGCCGCCAGCAGCCGAACCAGAGACAACAGAAAAAGUUGCCACAACACCAUCUCCUCUCCAUCCGCCCCGGCAGCAACACCGCCUCCUAUCCCCCCACCGGCCGCUCUGCUACAUGCCCACGGCCGUGCUGCAGACGUGUCGGCAAGUAUAUGCUGAAGCGCGCGCGAUGCCCUUCCACGACAACGAGUUCAUCUUCUCGACUUGGUUCUCGUCCGGGCUCGCAGCCGCAUCAGCAUUCGUGCACAAGACGCUGCGCGGCGGCUGGCAGCGGCGGGCGCUGCGCUUCGCGCGCCUCGAGCUGCACGUCAAGGACCUGUGCACCCAGCCACGCCUGCGCGACUGGGAAGCGCUGUGCGAGACUCUGAGCCCGGGCCUCCGCGGCCUGCGCCUCAAGAUCGAUCUCGACGACCGCACGCUGCUGUCGGCCGUGUCCGUCGGCAGGCCGCCGGCGCGCGUGUGGGCCCGGCCUAGCAUGCACGACGAUAGUAUUUCUGAUGAUGGCGACGGCAGUGCUGGGGGCAGGGGCACGGUCUUCAGCCCGGCCUGGUCCCGCGAGCCGUUCCGCUGGGUCGACGCCGGGCUGACCGCCCUCGCCGCCCUGCGCUUCCUCGAGGUCGAGCUCGCCGGCAUGCCGGGUCUGUCUAACGACGACAAGACCGCCUGGUGCGAAAGCCUGGCCGACCGUCUGAAUCGUGGCAGAGACCCGCGCGCGAGGGUCGGUGUUGUCUGUGUUGAGAGGGCGAGGCGGUUGCCCGGCUCAGGCGGGAAGGGCUGUGGUGUGUUUCGCUGACGUUGUGUGUUCUUCUCCUGCUUUCCACGGGCCGGGGUGGAGAGGGUGAAGCGAAGGCGUGUUUUUGGUUGUUGCGUUUACAUGUUCUUGAAUAUUUUUAUUUAUUUCUACCUCCCCUCUUCUCCCCCCCCCCUUCCGGGGUACGGAGGCAAGGGAGAAAGUGUUUUGGACAACCAACAUUGCGGGCACAUAGGUAGCCACCGCUGUUGUCUCGCGUGCUUCAAAACUCUCACAUACAUAAUCCAACCUGAUUCUUACUUCCCCCUUGAAUAGCUCACCAUUGCAGGCUGAUUUGUAGGUAGUCUGGGGCCAGCUGGCCUCAAAUCAGG